CAUAUGAUUUUAGUUUUCACGCAUGGAGAUAUAGUGGGAGAGGAGAUAAGUUGGAAGAAAAAGUUAAGUGACAGUGCCCCAGCAUAUCUGUAGGUCGAGUUCAUAUUUUCCGAACUUUACAAUUUUCAGAUAAAGAUAGUCCCAGUUUUAGUGUUUACGAUUGCAUUUGAUGUGCCAGAUCCAGUGUCUUGCUAUUACAUCUCUUGCAAUCUAUUUGCAUGUGCCUUACAUUUGUGUGACCUAUUUUCAGGACAUGCUAAACCUAUGUAAAAACAGGGUUGUUCUGUUUAACAAUAAGACAAGCAAUAAGAAGCGCCAUUUGGCACAACUGAAAAAAUUGCUUGAUGCAGUGGACUCUGUUAUAUCCAGCAAUGAUGGAUACCCAUUUUACAGCGAGAGCAGUCGAAUUCAGCAAGCGCAGAACAGGGAAGAAAUAAGUGUUGACGAAUGCUCAGCAGAACAGAUGUCCAAAAUGAAGAAAGAGAUACAUGAUGAAUGCCUUGCACGGCUUGGAAAGAUGGUGGAGGAAAAUUCAAAUAGUACAAUUACUAGGCUUGAAAAACUACUGUUGGAAGAGCAGAAAGCCAGGCUGGAGUCGGAGAAUGAGGUGGCAGAAGCAUUGUUACGAUCAGAAAAGGAGAUCCAGAAGCUCAGUGAGAUGCUAAAGAAGGCUAAGCAGGAGACUGAGAACGCUCAAAAAGAAAUGGAAAAACUCAAAAAGAGAGUGAAAACUCUUGAAAAGAAAAACUAAAAGUGAAAACAUGUUCUUUACCUGAUUUUGUUGUGCUACAUUAUUGUGUCUGUAGGUACCAUAUGUGGUUAAUGCAUCUUGCAUGCUUUGCAUGGUCUGAAAACUUUAGCUGAAGUUUUGAAAGAGAAAGGGAAGAUGUCAACUUGGUACUUAGU